AUGUUGCUGUCAAGGACGUUUUUUGGGGUGCAUCUGCUGCUACUCCAGCUUUUUGGCAGCGCCACCACAGGCAAGGCCGUAGACAGACACUCCUUCUCACAACCCGAUAUCGUUUCUCUGGAACGCAGGGACGACCUCGUCAUUGGCGAUCCCAUCUUGAGCGACAAAUGUGUUUAUGUGUGCGACAUCUCGACAGGAUGCGGCUCAGGGGCUUCUUCUUGCUCCAUCUUUGACAAGCGCGACUACGCGACUGAGGCUUCCACGCCUCAGUCAGCAGGUUACACGCUCUGGAACGAGACAGCGCAGGAAUACGUUCAGGUGUCUUCAGAUGAGUACACCGCUGAAUUGAUCGAGAGGUCAGUACUUGUCAAGCGAUGGGAUGAGAACGACAAGAAAGGUUGGAACAGAGCCUCGAUCGGUAAAUACCUAUUCAACCAAUUUCAUCCCCAAGGCAAACCUGUGGAAAAGUUCGGCAAGACCAGAUCCAUCGUGACGGGGUUCGACAUGGCUACUGUUUCUCAACAGGCUACCUUUAAUGCUAAAACGAAACCCUUUCAGUUGGGAUCUGGCGGCCUUCAUGGAUGCACGGUCCUCACCAUCAUCAGCCGCAGGGCCGUCUACAUGGCACACUACUGGGAGGUCCACGCCCUCAAUCGGGACGAUGACUUGAGCGACGGCUCACAGGGCUUGGCCAACUUUCAGUCCCGCGUGGAAUUCACCCUCACCGGCGACAAGCGGAAGGACUCGGCCACGAAAGGAGUCGGCGUCAGGUGGGAUUGGUUCAAUAAGGACGGAGAUAACACUCGUAUAUUGAUCAUGUCGCCGUACAAAGACGAGUUCAAGCCGCCGACCGCCAGGUACAAGACCAGAAAACAGGAUCUUGAGUACCCAAAUAAGGUCCAGGAGAUCAUCAAUUUGCUUAAAGUGGAAGGUCGAAUCCCCAAUGCUGCGGCCGUUAUCCAGGGAUAUCAGCGACUCAAUUAUAGCUGGGACAGAAAUGCGCUGGAGAAUGUCGGACCCGAUGCCAAUGACGUGGACAGAUCAGAGCGGGGCAUAGCUUGCUUCCAGUAUAAUGGUGAUAAGACUUAUAGGCUGUUUUACGAGCACGUUAUGUAUUGGGACACUGAUUCGGUUGCCGGAUGA